AUGGGAAAGGAUACAACAUUUUUUGAUGACGGAAGGGAAGAACAGCUAAUUGAUUUCAUCUUUUCGCUUCCGGAAAAUGAAUUGAACCAAUUGAAAGGUAAUCCCAUUAAGGUUUUGGAGAAAAUCGAUGAAUUUUCCCUGACUCAAAGCUUUCUUAUGAACAUUGGUAAGGUAAAGGGGAAAAUGAUUACCGAUAUUAUUGAAAAGGAGAAGCCUAAAAUAUUGGUUGAAAUUGGUGGCUACAUUGGUUAUUCUGCUAUAUUGUUUGCAAAUUCAAUAAAGGAGGAUUCGAAUGCUACAUUUUAUACUUUUGAAUAUAGCGAGAAAUUUGCGGAUAUCGCUCGUAAACUUAUAGACUUGGCUGGUUUGAGUCAUAAGAUUCGUAUCAUUGUGGGUAAAGCCCAUCAUAAUUUGGUUAGUUUUGAAUCGGAGUUGACUAGAAAAACUGGUGACUACGUUUCGGUUGAUUUUGUUUUCAUUGAUCAUUGGUGGGUUCAAUACGUUCCUGAUUUCAGAGUUUUGGAGUCGUUAAACUUGAUUCGCCCUGGUACCGUCAUAGUCGCCGAUAAUAUUUGGAAUCCUCCUCCCGGUGCUCCUGACUACUUAAGAUAUGUUAAAGGUAGUCCUCAAGAUAGAAAAAUACAUAAUGAAGCAGUUGAAAAUAUUAAUGGGAAACAUUUCACUGGUAGAUGGAAUAUAAUUUACGAUUCUAAAACUGUCGAAGUUAAGCCUAUCAGUGAUGCCAUUGAAGUGACUAAAUGCCUUCAAUAUUUAACUGGGUAAUCUCCUCUGGAUGUUUCUUCUAUUCUUUCAUAUUCUUUACGAUCUAACUUUUAAAUUUUCAA